UGUGCUUGAGCCUUGGAAAAAUCGUUGAAGCGAAUUCAGUUUUUCCACACUCUGACUGCUUCAGCGUUCAUACAUUGGGGUUACAACAUUGCAAGUUUCUUGUCCUUGCACUCUUUGGAGCCGGAUUAGAUGUCACACAUCCAUCUCCGGGCCCCGUCUUCUGCCUCAGGUCGAAGGUCCAGUCGUGCUUCAGAUGCUUUACCAAAAUUUUACUCCGACAAACCUGUUUAUCACACCCGGGGCUCAACACCUUGGAUUAUACCCUUUUCCGUCGUGAUCCCUGGUGCCAGGCGGAAACUACGACUCUGGAUACCCAACAUACGAGGCUUACAUCGCGCCAGCCUUUCGAGAUUCGGGAAGAAAACUGGUUCUCUUUUUAUUAUCCUCGUAUAUUUACUGUUCAUAUUUUCGGUAUUCGCUGUCGCGCAUCGGUUUGGGUCAAAGAAGAAGACGUGGCCAGGAGUUCCAAGCACGACGCUGGUGUAUGAGAAAGAAGAUUUACAGAGAAUCUGGGAGUGGGAGAUUGCCAAUGGUCAUCAUCCUUCUACUCGGCCCAUACCGGCUGAGUUCAAUCUCGAAUUCCAGCCUAAAAAUCCCUCCCUUCCACAUGCAGGCGUAGACCGUGUCUACCUCGAUGGACAAAGUCGCGUUCCUAGUAACAAUGUCGCGUAUCCUUCACGGCCCAAGGCCGGAAGCAUUGCCGACCUUGAUGUUCUUAUGCGCCACUGUGAUUUCAACACGAAUAGCUACGUUCGUGACUGUCUAGAGGUCCUCCGGAUCGGUGGAGGGCUAGACAACGGCAAACGGGUCCGCAGAGUAAUUCCUGACGAGUGGAAAUAUGUAUUCAUUGAAGAUGGCAAUAACUCUGGAAGGAGUACCACUUCAUCACCCACACCUCAGGUCCCAGAUUCCAAACGGCAAGGCGUCUUACGCGGUGACAAUGAUGCAGAAGGCGACAGCGCAUUUACGAAGAGCAGGCACGCUGUAUGGGAAAUCCCUCCAAUAUCCCUUCCCUCGAUUAAAAACCCUCGCACACCCUACUGUAGUCCCGAGGAUCCCCGCAUCUUCCAUAUGUUCUGGUCUGGCGACUUCACAGACAAGCCUUACCUAGCUUUAUUGUCCUUCCUCUACACACAGAACAUUGGCCUUCACGACACACAAUCAUCGAAAGAUGUCUGUUCACCCAAACUCUGGCUUUGGAUCAACCCAGGUUUCAUGCUCACUCUCAAAAAUCCAGCCCUAAGCCGGGAGAAGUUCGAGAAAAUCAUACAAAACCAGUGGGCAGCUCCUUUCCUGCAUCCUCGGUUCAAAGGCAUCAUCGAGUUCAAGUUUUGGAAUACAACUGAGCAGCUCGACGGUGUCUCGGAACUCCGGGAUGUUUGGCGGUUUGCUCCUACGCUCUUCAAUUCCGGUGGGCACCAUAUUCCUGGAAUGCCUAAGACAUGGGGAGUACAGGAUGAGGGAACUACAAGCGUUGUCGAAGGCCACCCGAAUGCAACUUCUGUUCCUGUCAGCUACAGUGAACCCGAAAAAGUUGCGGUCGUUCUUUCGGAUAUGGCGCGAUUCCUACUUUGUCACAGAUUUGGUGGUGUGUAUCUUGACGCCGACACCCUUUUCCUUCGAGAUUGGGAAGAGCUAUGGGGAUGGAAAGGUGCAUUUGCGUAUAGGUGGUCGUGGCAUGAUAACUACAAUACUGCCGCACUCAAGAUGAGCAAGGGUUCCGCAUUGGGCUCAUUCAUACUUCGAACGGCGUUCAAGAACGAUUUUGACUUUCAUCCAAUGACGAUCACGAAUUAUUUGAAGGACGCACAUAUGGAAGAUCUUCUUUUCAGGCUACCUGAUGCGAUGUUCGAUUCGGCGUGGCUGAACAUGGAAGGAUACCAGCGCGAGAGACCGCCACAACCAUAUUUCUCAAGAUUCGAAGAGUUCUUCGAGACUCCUCAACAAAAUAGUGCCGCGCCUUCUGUAGUUGGCUUCGAUGGCUUUUUCAGAGGUGCAUUUUCGUACCAUUUCCACAAUUCAUGGUCAAGAUUGAACGAUCCUUCACGAAAUUUCCCUGAUCUAGGGCCGCGCUUUGCUCGCGAUGUCGACAUAUUCAUACACAAACCAGAUCCACAAGAUUUUAACUGGUCAACGGUUCUGAAACGGACUUUCGAGGCGUAUCUUCGUGGAGAAAUCCCCAAUAUGUAUGGAGAAUGGAUAAAAUACUGAUCGUAUGAUCGUAUGUAGACUCAAACACACCACUAUACUUAAGUACAGGUCCGCAUUGUACCUAGGGAGAGCAUGAUUCAUGGGUACAUAUUUGCUUCGAUAAGCUGUACUCAAGCCUCACGCCCACGCUUGAGAAAGAGAUAUGAGCGAGUCUACUUCGAAGUUAUUUCACCAAUGUCGAACCUAAUUCAAAACUACAACUACAGAAAGACAACUGAUCGUCAAAUCAUGUUACCUAUCGACGAUACCUAUAGCUAGGGUAAGGUUGCAUGCUGCGAGAGCGGAACUUCUGCGUUCGUCGAUUGGUGCUGGGAACAUAGGAGAUAAUCACUUCUGAAAUCCACGGGAACAACGGGGAACGAUUUCGUAAAUUCUUAGCUAG